AAAGGGGAGGGUCUGGUCGUAGAUGAGGUGACUGUGAAAGUGGAGGGCGAAGCUCCUCUGACAUGGAAUGUAGACGAGACUCACUUAGGAGAAGGACACUCACAGGGCAGAGAUUUCUUAGAUUAUAGGGAAAGCUUAGAGAAAAAUCAAAAUGUCGCGACCCACUCCCCUUUACACACACUCAGAGAUCGCGACCCAGUGUCCACGUCGAUGGGGCCUUCCGAUUCACACAGCCGUGUCCUUUUCGAUCAGGUAUUGUACUCAAAGGACCAAAGGGCCAAGACUCUGGGAGGGGGAGCAACAUCAGGCAAUACUAAAGAGAAGCGGUUCCUCUGCAUGUUCUGUAACAAAGGCUUCAGGUGCACCCAGAUGGUGGAGAUCCACCAGAGGGUACACACAGGGGUGAAACCCUUCAGCUGUACCCAGUGUCACAUGAGCUUCGCCCAGGCUAGCAGCCUGAAGAGGCACCAGAGGGUCCACACAGGGGUGAAACCAUUCAGCUGUACCCAGUGUCACAUGCGCUUCGCCCAGGCUGGUGACCUGAAGAGGCACCAGAGGGUCCACACAGGAGAGAAACCCUACAAAUGCCCCCAGUGUGAGAGAAGUUUUUCCCACCAGCACCAUCUGAAGAUGCAAAUGAAGGUCCACACAGGAGAGAGGCCAUUCAGAGAGUAA